AUGUACGUCAUCACCAUGACGGUCAGGAAAGAUAGUAGAUGGCUAUUUCCCAGCCUGACUGGACGAAGGAAAUAUUACUUGCAGAACACCACUGGGAACGAGACUAGAUAUAUUAUAGUGAAUGCCGAUGGGCGGCAUCUUCAAUUUGGCUCUAUUUAUCAACGGGUGCUCGGCACUGACAAGACGCUCGACUAUUCCAAGUGUGGAAGCAUCUCGCAGGCCUUCAUGCAAACCUCUGUUGAUGGGCCGUCACAGCCACCACGUGCAUCCAUCGUCACCGCGACGCGUAACGCGAUACCGCCGGCCUCUCCUUAUUCAAUGCAUAUCGCCGUCUUCACCCAAGCUGCAUACUCGACAGUAGAAGAUACCGCCACCGACAGACUAUCAAUAAAAACAACUGUAGCAUGCCUGGCAAUUGUCUAUGGUUUCGGAAUCGGAAUCAAUGAUGUCUUCCCGCUGUAG